AUGGCAGUCGCUUCCAAGUCCCCGAUCUUGUUCCUAUUUGCUGUCUUCCUUGUUGUCUCGUUCUCAAACGUGGAGGUUGGAAUGGCGGCUCGCCAGCUUCUCCAGCUGCCGAAUCUGCCUCCACUCCCGGUUUCAGUUCCAGCCGCCGCUGGCGUUCCGGUUUCAAUUCCGGUUUCAAUUCCGGUUUCAGUUGCAGUUCCAUCCGGAGUUACACUUCCGAUUUCAGUUCCAGGCGUAGCCGGGCUUCCCAAAGUCGCUGGCGUUCCGGUUUAA